AUGAUUAGUCGUGGCAAAUGGGAGUCAUGUAUCAUUUCUCUGGGCAUCGCCAUACCGUCGGGUGCAGGUGUAGCGUUGUCCAUUCUCGGAAACAACACGCCGUCACUGGUUGGGGUGGCCAUCUCCGCGUCGCUACUUCCACCAGCCGUCAACGCUGGACUACUUUAUG